CAAUUCAGGAAGCACUCCUGACAGGUUCGUUGGCGUUGGCCAACGAUUGGCUUGAGUAAAAGGUUAUGGGCGUUUCCGAAUACCAUCGACAUUAUCGACAUUAGACUCUUUUCUUACCUUUACCUAUCGCUUGUCAAGGACAGGAACACACUGCACACAAUGGCAUCCUCAACCCCUUUGACUGAGGCCAACACCACCUUUACCCUGGCGUUGUUCAAAAAGAUCACGGAGGAAAACAAGUCUGGCAAUGUCUUCUACUCUCCUCUCAGCAUUUCUUCGGCCUUGGCCAUGGUGCUGCUGGGUGCACGGGGGAACACCUCCACACAGAUGUCAGAGGCGCUGCAACAUCAGAAGGGCGAAGAGGACAUCAACGCCAGCUUCUGCAAACUACUGAGCGAGCUGAACAAGCCAGACGCGCUGUACUCCCUCAGUCUGGCCAACAGGCUGUAUGGAGAGAAGACUUUCCAGUUUGUUCAGGAGUUCCUGGAUGAAACCAGGAAGUACUACCAGGCAGACCUUCAGUCUGUGGACUUCAAAGCCAAGGCAGAGGAGGCCAGGGUGGAGAUAAACACCUGGGUGGAGAAACAGACACAAGAUAAAAUCAAGGACCUGUUGGUACCUGGUGUGGUUGACUCGCUGACCAGGUUGGUGCUGGUCAACGCAAUCUACUUCAAGGGAAAGUGGGACAAGCAGUUCAAGGAGGAAGCCACCAAGGAGACUGCCUUCAAACUGAACAAGAAAGACACUAAGAAGGUGAAGAUGAUGCACCACAAAGCAACUUUCCCACUUGCCUUCAUCCCUGAGGCCAAUUGCCAGAUCCUGGAGCUGCCCUAUGAAGGCAAAGAACUCAGCAUGCUGAUCUGCCUCCCUAUGGAAAUUGAGGACGGCACCACCGGCCUGGAGAAGCUGGAAGCGAUGCUGACCUACGAGACCUUCAUGGAAUGGACCCGACCAGAAAUGAUGGACCAGAGUGAAGUCAAUGUGGGCCUGCCGCGAUUCAAGAUGACCCAGACCUACGACAUGAAAGACCUGCUGGUCAGCAUGGGCAUGGUGGACGCCUUCGACCAGGGCCUCAGUGACUUCUCUGGCAUGUCCUCGGCCAACGACCUGGUGCUGUCCAAGGUGGUCCACAAGGCCUUCGUGGAGGUCAACGAGGAGGGCACCGAGGCCGCCGCCGCCACCGCUGCCAUCAUGAUGCUGCGAUGCAUCAGGAUUAUCCCCCAAUUCGUCGCCGACCACCCCUUCCUCUUCUUCAUCCGCCACAACCCCAGCAAGAGCAUCCUGUUCGCCGGCCGCUACAGCUCACCUGAGUGAUGGCUGAGGGUGGGGGGCGGGGGGGGUGGACACGUGUGUGUGUGUGUGUGUGUGUGUGCGUGUCUAUGAGAGCCUCCAGUGUGAAGUGCAUAGCGCUUGCCCACAUCUAUCAAGUGUUCACUUGUCUUUUAAACUGGAGGAGACCUGCCUUAAUCAAACCGGGGUGGGGCUUCGAAACUUUUUUCGAUGCACGUAUAUAAUUUCCGUACAUAAUACAUUUUUAGCAUUAUAUAAUAAUUCCGGAUAUAAUAAUUUUUUUGCAUUGAGGUCACUCAUGUUGGUGGUAUGCAUUCACAUACAGUCUACUGUUGGGUCAACGCUGAGUGGAACAAUGGAUUUACUGGUAUGACACACUAGCCUUGCGCUGUAUACCCCCGGUUUGUCACUCUCCAGCCUUAGGUCCCCCAUAUGUAGGCCCAUUCUAAACCGCUUUAAGUCCUCCACAUUAACUCCUUUACUGCAGUAGUAGUAGCUUGGUUGUAUUUUUCUAAUGACAUAGUAUGCCAGAUAUACACUUAAUGAUGAAUUUUAUUCAACCAAAGAUGUCAUUAACCGUGGAAAACAUUUAUUUAAGUGUGUGUAAAUUUGUGUCUGGCUUAUAGAGACUUUAUAAAGACUAAACAUGCUCAAUGUUGGUGGUUGUAAAUUGUUUCUUUGACCUUAUCCCCUUACCAUAAUUAAUGGUUAAUAAUUAUUCUUUUAGGAGCCUUAUGCCCUCAGAAAUAAAUAACAAUAUAAAAAACAGCAAUUCUUUCAUACACUCGAAUAUGAUUUUUUUUUUUUACUAAUAAGAACAACAUGCUGUAACAUUUUGUAUUGACUAGUAAGUAAGUAUGUAUAAUCAUAUGAUCAGAUUACGAAAAAUAAAUCAAUAUCUUAUACUUGGA